CAGGGGGGGACAUUACAAACACACCAGCUGCCCUCUUAUGUGCAGGUUGUUUCACACACUUUUCUCCAUGUAGCCAUGCCUGCGACGUUGUUGUAUCAGCUAUUGGAGUGAGUUCAAACUGUAGCUCAAAUAUAAAAGUGUUGGUAACUUCUCUCUUCAAUGGCGUGAAGAGAAGUCUCUGUGGGAGCUGAGGUAACGGUACAGGACGCUAGCCUAAUGUGAGCUAACCAGCAACAGGUCGCUUGGUUGGUCAACUAGCAAACAAUAAAAAAAAACUGUCAUGGAGCGCGCGACUUUUUCGAAAUACUCCUGGAUCGACUUCGCCUUCUCUGUGGUCGGAGUGUGUACCUUCUUGGUGGACUGGGGCUCGGACGUGUGGGUGGCCACCGAGCUUUACAGCCGCGGGGACGUCGUCUGGUUCGGGGUGCUGGUCGGCCUCAUGGUCCUGUCGUCGGUCGUGGUCCAGACGUUCAGCUGGUUCUGGUUCAAGUAUGACCGAGAGCUGCAGGGGUUCCGCAACCAGACCGUGGGAGCGUCCGUGUUCUUCGGGGACCGAAUGACGCUCUUCUGCGUGUUGCAUGUGCUGCAGCUGGGUUUCCUUUGCAGGCACAUCUCCGCCAUACGACAGGGCUUCAGGGUUUGGUGGCGGAAAGAGGAAGGAUCGGAGUACGCCGUGUACCUGACACACGACCUCAGCAUGCUGCGGCUCAUCGAGACGUUCUGCGAGAGCGCCCCCCAGCUCACCCUGAUGAUCUACGUCAUGCUGCACAUGAACAAGGCCAGGACCGUUCAGUGUGAGUUUACUUCCACCCCACGAGAAAAGCAAACUUCCUCAGCCCGGGACAGUGUUUGUUAUCAGCGAAUCAAAGAUAGCGACCCACAUUUAGCUUGUAAAAGCACUUUUAUUUGUGUUGUGGCAAGUCGAGAAACAUCACGAAUGUGUGUUCACUUCCUCCCGGGUUGCUACGUUGAUUGUGUAACUUCUUUUCUUUUUUUGGCAGUUGUGAGCAUCGCUGCAUCGACCACUUCCAUAGCCUGGAUGGUGGUGGAUUACCACCGCUCCCUGCGCUCCUUCCUCCCGGACAAGGCCAAGCAGGGCUGGUGCUCCUCUUUAAUCUACUUCCUGUGGAACCUGCUGCUGAUCGCCCCGCGCGUGGCCGCCCUCGCCCUCUUCGCCUCGGCCCUGUCCGGGUACAUGGCUGCCCACUUCCUGAUGCUGUGGUCCGUCUUCGCGCUGUGGGCCUGGCAGCAGGGGACCAACUUCAUGGACAGCGUCGGCGGGGAGUGGCUCUACCGGGCCACCGUGGGGCUCAUCUGGUACUUCAGCUGGUUCAACGUGGCCGAGGGUCAGACCCGAAGCAGGAGCGUCAUCUACCAUUCUUUCAUCACCACCGACGGAGUGAUCCUGCUGACGACCUGGUGGUGCUACAGGGACCCCGUCCAGACAGAGUCGUACGCCCUUGCUCUGCUCAUCGCUCUACCGCUCAUCUACCUCCUGGGUCUGCUCUUCAAGGCCCUCUACUACUGCUGCUUCCACCCCAAGCUGUGGAGGCCGCCGGUGAGGGACCCAGGACUUCCCGUCGAUCAGCCCGAUGCAGACGUGUCCUUCAGAGUCUUUUCCAUCCAGGACGGCGACCUGUCCUCCCAGCUCCUCAACAGACGGAUGGCUGGCCACGCCGCUCGUUUUUACUCAAAGAAAGGAUUCAUUAGAAACUCUGACACCACAAAUGGAGCGGAGUCAUCACGUCUGUGAUGUCCGGCUUGUUGUGCGUCACAGCCAAAAGUGUACUUCCUGAUGAUGUGCUCAGUAUCUCAUGAACCAAAUUACUGGCUCAAAUACAGCAUUUCAACAAAGAAGUGGGCAACGUGGAUCAAAUCGUGUUCAUAUCAGUACAUACAGUACACCAUGCAUCAGUACACAUAUUGCAAUAGAGUGAAUUCCUGGAAAAAACCUUUGACUAAAAUAUGUUUACUAAUCCAGACACUUACAAAUAUUCCAUAAACCUGCUUGUUGAAUUACGUCACAAUGUCCUAAUACCACCAUAGAUAUUAAAGAGGACAGCUGCCACGGUUUGAACUGACUGUUAUGAUCUCACUGUGUGCAUUAUCGUAUGUAUCAGCUCUACUUGAAACUGGGGGUAAUUUGAUGCACUAAUUUGAUAACUUGAAAGUGAAUUUGAAAGCUAUUUGAUACAUUUUCUACAAAGCCAAAAGUAUUUUGUUAUCUUUACACAUGAAGUGAAAUUGUACAAAUCAUGGGGAUAACUUUUUCCAUACAUACCAUAUAGUUAUAAGGGUUUGUUGUUGCUGUUGUGUAAACGCCUUGUAUUUCCAAAAUACAAACAAAUAAAUAUAAAACAAUAUUAUAAUAUAUACAUGAGUAAAUAACACUUUAUUUGUAAUUAUCUUAAUGUAUGUAGUUCAUCUUUAAAUUUGAAGGACCAAGAUUGGAUUUCUGAGGUUUUUACAUAACGAGGGGUGUCAAAACGUGUGUGUUGUGUUUCUUUGUGUGUUGUGUUGUUGCAGCUGCUGCCACUGGGACCUAUUUGAAGGACUUUGAAUGUAGACUCGACCAUAAGGUCUGUUUUUAUCAUUUCUAUGUUCUGUUACUGUGUGAAACAGCUGUUUUACGACUCUGGACAGUUUUUUUUAUCAAGAUGGUGUGAAAUAAAUUCUUGAAAUGUCAACCAAGAAUUGUGGGUACAAUAUAUAAAAAAAAUGUCCCCUUGCGGGCUUAAUGAAGUAUCUACCUAUCUACCUAUCUAUCUAUUUUAACGACAGCAGACAUCAGUCUGGCUUCAGGUACAGAACCACUAGUGUGACUGUUGCUCAUCCAGUGUUUGUUUAGGUUGUUUAAAUGUCACACGUCUUUACUUCAGUAUCUGUGUACAAGCCGUGCUACACAUUAUUCUCGGCACUUUGUUUUCCAGCUGUCCUAAAAGUGAAUUCAAGAUGUUUUUUUUGUUUGUUUUUUCCACCUCUGUCGGUUCAUUCUUUGUUUCUGGUUUACGGUUCAAAAAGUGUUGUUGAUCCACGUCUUUGUCAACAGACUGCUGAAACCAAAAGUCAAGGUCACCGCUGGUUGUGAAUAUGUUACCUCAUUCGCCAUGUGCAAUCAAUA